UUCAGUCAUCCAGAAAUGGGGCUGCUGUCAAUUUAUUUCAAACCCAAUUUUUUGGGUUUAUUAAAAUUUUUAAACAGUAUGAAUUGGUAUAUUGUAUUUUUUAGUUUGAUAAAUCUCUCAAUGUGCAUUUAUGAGGAUCAGAUAGGGAAAUUUGAUUGGCGCCAGACUUACGUUGGGCGUAUAAAGUUCUCUCAGUUUGAUACUGUUUCAACCGCUAGGAAGCUUAUAGUGGCUACGGAAGAAAAUGUAUUAGCUGCCUUGCAUUUGAAGACUGGUGAGGUGGUGUGGCGACAUGUGUUUGAGAGUGCUUCUACAGGCAACAUACAGUUGUUGCAUGUCUCUGACAAAGUUGUAACAGUGACAGGCUCCAAUCCUUACCUUGUUAGAGGAUGGGAUUCCACUACAGGAAUACUCCUUUGGGAAUGGUCAUUGACACUUCAAGAUGAUGACCGUGCAGACUUCUCGGAGUGGUGGGUGCACCAGGGCCUGUUGGUGCAUAUGCUGCCAGUGUUCAACUCACAUAUUGAAGUCACCAUGUAUAACUUGUUGACAGGGCAGAACCGAGGGGCUACAUCCAAACUACCUGCUGCUUGGGUUAAUGAUGGAUGUGUUCUAAGUCCUCCAUAUUACAGUUGUGUAUCAGGCAACAUGGGUGCUCAACGUUUACUCUCCGUUGAUGUAACAUCAAGUAAAGUUCAAUUGAUAAGUCAACCAUUAUUUGAUUAUCUCAGUUUGGAUGUGUUUGAAGGGACUUUAAAGCCUUUAGAUGGGAAUAGUGUAUUGCCUGCUUUUAUUAUUGAUGAUAAGAAGAUUGUGAUUGUUAAGGAUAACAAUUUUGAAGCAUUAAAUAUUGCGGAUAUGUCAGCAAGUGUUACCAUAGUUGAUGGAUUGAAUGGACCAAUGGUUUUACAAGCUUGGACAGAUGAUAAUCAGGGUUUCAAGCUGUCUGCACACAGUGUGAGUACUGGCAAGGAAGUGUCAGAGAUCAAAUGCUCGGACCCCGCUCUCCGUAUCCCGGAACCAGAGUUGGGAGCGGUCCUCUGUACCAAGACAGGCAACGACCAUGCGUGCAGGAUAGUUGUCAAUGGCGCUGAUGACGCUAUACAUUUAAUGCAGCAAGGAGGUAGAGUUAUGUGGAGUCGCGAGGAAUCUCUAGCCAAUGUAGUUGCGGUGGAAUUCGUGGACCUGCCCGUGUCGGAGACUGAUGCAGCUAUAGAGUCGGAGUUUGAUCAGAAAGAAGGUUCAAUCUGGGCAGCGUUCUCUCGUCGUUUACACAGUCAGUAUCAGCAGCUGCAAACGUUGCUCGCCAGUUUACAAUCUGACAGGGACGUGGUGCACUCCAGUACUGAGGAUCUAGUACGGGAUUAUUUUAAUCUACAUAAAAUUAUCGUAUUAGUCACAGAAGUUGGAAAGAUAAUCGGUAUAGACAAUUUAUCUGGUGAGAUACUUUGGCAUCAUUUUGAAGGUGCACUGGAUACGGAGGCGGUGGCCAUCUUCACACGACGGACUGCACGACAUCCGCCAUACGAUGCAUAUCUUACCAUCGUCGGCAAACAUCAGGAGUCUGGCAACGGUCUCAUCAUCAGCUUGAACCCAAUAACUGGUGAGCUGUUAGGCGAACGCGUGCUGCAGGUGGACGGGCGAGUGCUGCAGUGUGCACUCCUGCACCAACCUGAUGAGGAGAAGCUGCACGGACUGGUGCUGCUCUAUGAUGAUGAAUCCGUACAGGUGUUCCCAGUAUCAUCAGAGCAUCUCGUGGACGACAUGUACCUGUAUGUGGCGGAGGCAGAAACUGCUAAAGUACAGGGGUAUGCACUCAAAUACAAUGGCCGAACAGCGAUAGCACAAAAGAUCUGGUCAUUGGAUCUGGGCAGUGGAGGUCACCGUAUCGCGGUGUCAGCGUCGCGCGCCGCGCAGCGCACGCACUCGCCCGGCCGCGCGCUCUCAGACCGCAGCGUGCUCUACAAGUACAACAACCCCAACCUGGUGCUCUUCAUCACUGAGGGCCCUGACCCUGUACAUAAAGAUGUGGUGCGCGCAGUGGCUGUGGACGGUGCAUCAGGUGCGGUGGUAUCGGGCGCGGUGCACCGGCGAGCGCGCGCCACACCCCUCGCAGUGCACGCCGACAACUGUAUCGCAUAUGUCUACCUCAGUGAUAAAUAUCGCCGUGUUGAAAUAGCUACAAUGGAGCUGUACGAAGGCAAGGAGCGCUGGGGCACGCCGGGCGCGCCGUUCAGCUCGUUCAGCAGUGCGCGUGCACCCGCAGCUGCGCGACAGGCGUACAUCGUGCCCGCAGCUGCGCGCGCACCCCGCGCCGCCGCACUCACAGUCACUGAGCGCUCGCUCACUGACAGACAUCUGCUGUUGGCGUUAUCGAAUGGUGCGAUAAUGGAGAUCCCGUGGGCGUUCCUGGACCCGCGACGUGCGCCCGCUGGGGGCGGGCAGAUGGGCGUGGGCGAGGAGGGCGUGCUGCCGUACUUGCCCGAGCUGCCGCUGCCGGCCGAGGCGGUGCUCAACUACAACCGGUCGCUGCACCGCGUGCGCUCCCUGCACACACACCCCGCCGGCAUCGAGUCCACCAGCCUCGUGCUCGCCACUGGACUCGAUAUGUACUACACGAGAGUGGCGCCAUCUAAAACAUUCGAUCUCCUCAAAGAGGACUUCGACUACCAUCUGAUCAGCAUCGUGCUGGUGGCGCUGGUGGUCGCCACAUACAGCACCAAGUACUUCGCCUCGCGCAAAAUGCUCAAGAUGGCGUGGAAGUGAUGAUGAGUGUAUCGCGGAGACAAUUUCGACCGUAUUGCAAUGGGUUACAGAUCAAAUUGUAUAAACAAAGUCAUAUUUGAUAAAGCAAUGGUUAAGUACCUGGGGAAUAACUUUGAGAGAAGAGUAAAUAGGGUAACAUAAUAAUAAUAUACUUUAACGUGGGAUUAUUGUAAGCAUUUUAUAAAAUUAUAAAUGAGACAGAAUAGAAUAGAUGCAAUGUCUGCUUUUAAUGUAAUUUAACUAAGGGAAAGUACCCAUACUAUGUGUCCCGUUUAGGGGUGGGGGGGGGCGGAGACCUUAAAAUACUACGGUCAGUCACAAGAGCGGGGGGGUGGCUCAGAUUUUACUCACGUAGUCGUUAGUUGUUUUUUUUUCACAAUACAUAAUUCACUAGUAAUUCGACUAUUGUCGUAAACCAUAUCCUAGCUCAA